AAAAACCUGUAGAUUACCUACCACCAGUACCAGUUUCCUGGUUGAUUGCUCGUUUUCCACUGUGACAGCUGUGCCCAGGUUGGACGACAUUUGAAAUUGGGAUGAAACAGUAAGAGGCUACCUUCAUGGAUAACCAACAAGAUAAAGUUAUUGCUGCCUCAGCAAAUGGAGAAAACAUUCUGAUUAAUGGUGUCAAAGAAAAUGACUCAGAGGACCAGGAUGUGGCAAUGAAGUCAUUUGCAGCUCUAGAAGCUACUACACCAACACAACCUAUACCAGUGGUACAAAAAGAGCCCCCAAUGUUUCCUAGGGGUCUCCUUCCUCUGCCAUCUAAGAAGCCAUGUGUGCAGAGCCCUCCAUCUCCUUUGGGCCUGAUUGAAGCACCUGACCAUUCUGCUAAUAGUGCUUCUGUGAAUGCCAUCUCCCUCACAUCUGGAGUUACAAAAGGCCUGAACACAUGGUCACUGCCCAGUGAGUGUGAGAAAUCUCCAUUCGCCAUCAUGGAGCCUGCAGGCAUGUCAGCUCUCAGUGGAGACUGCCUCAUGCAGCCAAGCCGGACUUGCUUAGGCUGCUUCAUGGAAUCAAAAGAAGCAGUAGACCCUGAACCAGGAAUCAGUCUGAAAGUCGGUGAUCUAAAUAGAGAUUAUGAAACAUGCGCAGUCUCCGACAUAGGGAUUCAAUGCAUUAAUGCUGGGGAAAACAUGAAAUAUGGAGAGCAGCUGCUUUCAGACCAGCUGUUAGGCUUCCCUCUGCAUAAAACAAGGGUAGGAGGAGAAAGACGAGAAACUGAAAAACCUGACAUUGACUUAGAAGAUCCAACUCAGAAAAGUUAUUAUGAGGCAUUACUGUUAGAUAAGUGCAAUACAGAAGAGGCUUUGCUGGCAAAUCCCAGUCAGGAUUGGGGUUACUUUGAGACUUUUAUUAGUGAGAGUAAGAUUGAAUUACUGGACCUCUGUUCCAAGAAUGAACUCUCUGUUAACCUUUUCUCUGAAGAAGAUGUGGAUAACUAUAUGUUCGAUGAUGAUGAGUCAACUCUGGGCAGUGAUGUCUGCUCCCUCAAAAUUCGAUACGAGUCCUUUCAGGACAAUGUUAGAGACAAGACCACCCUUCUGAUGCAGGAAGAUGCCCAAUUCAAUUUUUUCCCCAGUGUCUUUACUACAUGUCCCAAGAGGGAAUCUAAGAGUGGAAUCUUCAAGCAGAGCAGUGAUCUUUCUCAAUUCAAGGUCCCUGAUGUGAGCAUCAUCUGGGGAGAGGAAGAUAAAAACUUGGACAAGAAGAAAGGCAAAGAGGAAGUACAUGAAGACAAAAGUAUAGAGAAAAAAGAUGAAAAAGAUAAUGGAGAAAAGCCUGAAUUAAGUAACAAACCAUGUAGUGGGCUUGAGGUAGAGCAAUUUAAGAACCUAAAGCCAGACCAUCUUACCAAUUCCCUGGAAACAUCAGGGAAUUUCAGUGAUGACAGUUCUUUCAUUGAGGUCUCGUAUGAUGCCAUGGGGGAGAUCAAGGACUGUAGCCGCUAUAUGGCUCGGGACACUAAUUCUGGAAGCUCAUCUUCCCAGCAAAACUAUGGGCUGAGAGCCAAGAGAAAAGUCAGAUACAGUGAAGAUUAUCUGUAUGAUGUUGACUCACUAGAAGGGGAAAAAGUAAAUGAGAGGAAGGAAUGGCCUCCAAGUGGUUCCAAAGAAGAAGAUGAUGAUGAAUGGUGUCCCAAAAAGAGAAGAAAGGUAACCCGUAAGGAGCCCCCUGUUAUUAUCAAAUAUAUCAUUAUCAAUCGCUUUAAAGGAGAGAAGAACAUGCUGGUGAAGCUAAGUAAAGUAGAUGCCAGUGAAACAACAGUAAAUCUGAGUGAGAAUCAGCUCAGUAAGUAUGCCAAGUUAUCACCUUUGAAGGGCUUCUGGCAAAAGAAGAAAAAGCAGAGAAACAGCAACACAGACUCCAUCAAAACACCUUUAUGCCAAAAGCAAAGCUUUGAACCAGGUAGCUUUGAGGUGUCAUUCCUGCCACCUGCUCGUAAACGAAAAUCUAAGCUUGGCAAUAGACACAGGAUUCAAAGGAUCCAAUCCAUGGAAACUUCAGCAAGUAGUAAGCAGGUUUCAUUCUGCAGUGAUCAGAGACAAGCUGGUAAUCGCAAAGAAGAAGGCGGCUUGAAAGGUACACCAAAGUCAGCAGCUCUUGCUGCUCCAAGCUGUACCAGUGGAUCACAUUUACGUGGCAUCAUAGGCCCUGACUCAGUGAAAGUCAAAACCCAAGAUGCAGAGUUUAAGGGGCCAGAGAGGAAAGUGCUCAACAAAAUUAAAUUUAAAAGUGAAGCUAGAUUAAAAUCCAAAAAAAUCAAAACCGGACAAGAAAACAAACCAGUUCAGAUAAGCCCAGUCUUGGAAGACCAAUCCUCUAAGGCUAAUUUAAAAAAUGAAGUCAUUCCUGGAACCUCAAACAGUUCCCAUCUGUCUGAAUUUCAUGAGACAAAAGUUGUUAAGAAUUCCACUUUCUUACCUUCUGAAAUGCCUUUAUCUUCUGCUAAUGUUGCCACUAAUAUACCUGUUAUCCCUGGAGGUUACCUGCAAACACUGUUAGAUGCUUCAGACUUGUCAAAUAAUACCAGUAUCUCAUACUUCACCAACCAUUCUCCAGAGCAAAAUGAAGGCAGCCUUGCUCAAACAGAAAAAUCAUUUGUACCUCUCCAGUCUGCUGAGGACUGUGUGCUGUCCUCAUCUUCUGAAUCUGAGCUGCAACAAUCAUCCCAUAACUUCAAAAUGGAAACAAGCAACUUUGAAAGUAUGUGGCCCAACAAGGCUACAUCUGGCCCACAAGAGUUCAUGACUGAAGUCUCAAGGGAGAUAACCCCAAACCAGUCUAGUGAAUUUGAAGCCUCCCAAAUAGUCUCCAUGGAGAAUAACCUUACAACUAUAACGUACAGUCCUGUCUGCCUCAGUAGUGAUGGCAGUGGUUGCAACAAGGUUCUGUAUGCCUCUGUGCAGGACUCCCACCUCCAAGCUGAUGACUCUUAUCAACUGUGUCACUUUAAUAACGGAGAGAUCUGCUUUCCUUUCCAACAGACUCCAGUCAGUACAGAUGAGGAUGGCCGGCUCUUUAGCUUUGAUUCGAUGACUCCCCUUUCUGUCAGUUCAAGCAAUUAUUGCUCCUUAAGCUUGAAAUCCUGUGAAAAAGAUGGUGAUGAUGAUAUCACUGAUGACUUCUUGGCACACUGCAGCCCCAAACUGGUGAUCCAGCAGAGCAUUGAUGAGAUAGCACCACUAAAAGAGUCCACUGACCUCCUCGAUAUUUCCAACUUCACUCCUGACAAGUUCCGCCACUCUUCCCUCUCAGAAAUGUCUCCACCAGACACCCCCAGUCUUUCUCCUCAGAGUACCAGAUGUGAAAGUAUCAAAACACUAGGAACAAUGAAGGGAUUCCAAGAGGGUGUCCCAGGAUCAUUGGGCAGCAUGGAGAAGAUUGAGUGGGACUGUAGUACCCUUUCACAACAGGUUCAAGCAGAUGAUAGCUAUACAUUAAAUAACCAUCAGUUUCAGUUCCAUAUGUUCAAUGAUGAGGACUCUGUUGGCCUGCUUCAAAAAAGCCCUUGCCUGUCAACAUUUGAUGAGCCAGUUGGGCAAAUUAGUACCAACAACAAAGGGUCAAAGUCAAGAAAGAAAAUUUCACCUGGCAAGACUGGGGCUGUAACUCAAAGUUCUUCUCAGAAAAACACCAGGAAAAAGUCCCCAAAAGCCAGCAACAAAGGGAUUGAAAAGCCACCUAGCAAAACCUCCCGCCAGGUUACUAAGUCAGCAAAGAAAGGGAAAUAUGUGGCUGCUGUCAAUGGAGAGAAAAUGCAGAUUGGGAUUGGCCGUAGUGGGGGCCAACCCAACAGCACAUCCCCCAGUGGAAAGACACUCACUGAAUGUAUUCAGCAUGGUGGUCCUGUUGCCCCUAUGAAGAUGCCAAGUCAGAAGGGACUUUCUGGAGACUGGGCUGUGGGGAAGGAAAGUAGGCCAGGCUGGAAUGACAUGAGUGUAGUCAGUAAUACCAACAACCUUCUGGAUGAUGACCAACGGGAAUUUCAAGAGCCUUCCUAUAUCUUGUCCAACAUUGCCUCUGGUAUGGCAGAUGUGCAGAGAUUCAUGAUGGCCUCCAUAGAGCCUCUUUGGGAACCCAUGGAGCACCAAGGGGAGUCCAAUACAUUCUACUCUCCUGAUUCCAAUAGCCUAAAAUUAAAAACCCUCAAAAUAUUAGCUGGGACACCACAAGAAUCUAAGAAAAAGGUUAAUAAUGGAUCAUCAGGCGCUACUAAGAAUCACAGAUCAAUCAAAGGUGUGAACAAAAGCAAUGGGAAAGCAGCAAUUACUGAUCCUGGUCCUGCAGACAUGCCUGGUUACAAUGAGGACUCUCAGUCUGCCUUCUUUGAUAAAAAGUACAGUAACAUGAGCACUUUAGGCAAUAAUGGACCAACACACAAAAAAUUAUAUCGUCACAAAUCCAGCUCCAAGGUUCUGCGAGAUGAGAAAUACAAGGGAAAGCGUGUGGAACGAGAACAGGUCCACAAGGAUGAGGCUGGGACAGCUUCUUUCGAAAAACUGAGAGAUUCCAACUACAAUCUCCUAAAAGCAGAAACAGCAUUUUGGGUUUUACCUGUGUUUGAAGAAGAGACUCACAUUUUCCAGAAAGACAUUUGAUGUUUGUGUUUUAUUUCUUUCAAAGCAAGCUUUGUGGUAUGUAUGUUGACCUGUAAGUGCUUAAAGAAAAAGUUUAAAUUGUGGGAAUAAGUCUUUGAACUCAAACUUUAAUCUGAUGUUCUGUGUAAAAGACUUUAAAAGUCAUACAGUUGCACCAGUAGUUUAUGCACUGUUUU